UUUAUUGAUCAAAUAGUUAAGGUUUGAAGAUUUAAGAAACAGUUAAAAUGUCUAUGAAUAAAAUUCAUACGAAAUUAAAAGAUAAUGCUUGCAUUGUUUUUCCUCCUCCACCCUCAAGGUUUACACUAGCAGAAUGGCACCUGCAAAAUAAGUUCAGAAACAGAAUCUGCUUUGAUCAGCAAACUUUAGCAGAUAGCGUUAAUGCAGAAUGUGAAAGGAUUACCGAAGAAAUUGCAGAAAGGACCUUAACGAACAAACUAGAUACAGAUCACAAACUACAUGAAAAACUCACCGACAUAAAAUUCGUCGGUGAUGAAAUAAGAAUACAACGAAAAGAGGUUGUCAUGGAAGUGGAUGCUUUGUUGGUGUACAUGGAAAGAAUCAAACAUUCCUUGGACAACCUUAAACAAAAUGCGGAAGUUAUUUGCAAGAAAUGCCUGAUUUGCAGGGAGGGGCGGCUGGGAAUAGAUCUGUGUCAUGAUGAGAUAGAAGACGACCUGAAAAAGGAGAUAGACGUCAUCCAAGGUGCUCAAAACAUGCUGAGAAGAGCUCUCGAGAUGGCCAACGAGCAAGUACGCCGUUUGAGAUCCACAAUUUACUUCAUGGACCGUGACCUGGAAAACAAAGAUAACGUGCUGAAAAUUGACGAAACCAAUUGCUCUUUGAAACACACCAGCAUGCAUUUGAGUAUGUACCACGGAUUCGCGCCUUUAGACUCAUCUACCAUAACUCUCGAAGAGUGGAGUCUAUACACUCAAGAAAACCUGGACAAUGCGGCCAAAGAAAUAAACAGCGCCCGUCAGUUGAGAUCUUACAUCGAAAUACUGCUAACCCAAGCUAUUGAAGACUUGAAGGAACAAUAUGACCUGACCAACGCUGCGUUCACUAAGAGAAUCGAGGAGAUAAAGGAAACGAAGAUGAAGUUGGAGAUACAACAUGCAGAAAUUGUGAGGCAAGCCAAUGAGAUGACGAGGACCAUAACACGUCUAGAGAUAUCCAUAGCGGAGAAGGAGGGUUUCAUGGCCUUGGCACAUACAAGAUUGGGGAAUAGAUGUCAACGGGCAGGGGUUGAAUUAUGUAAAGAUAUGGUGGAAUUGUCGUUGUCUAACGAGGUUUCUGAGUUGAGAGGCAACCUUUCUAGGCUGCAACACAUGAUUGCUGAGGCUCAAGCUUCAUUGCGUUAUCUCCUUAAAACUCAGAUACAACUGGAGGAAGAUAUCAAUAUUAAAACAAACACACUUAAAAUCGACGAAGUCGAUUGUAUGACUCUUCGACAAGCUAUGGACUAUCAUGCAUACUAAUGUUUUUAGUAUUUUACACAUUUUUAAUGAAUAUAUCAAACGAUUAAAUGUAUUGUUUUAUUCCACAUAAAAAGCG